ACCUCCCUUCCAUCAAGUGGUUUCCAUACUUGUGUGCAGGGCUGACUGACAUUCUCGAGUAAACUAUCCGAGUCGGACGGGUGCAGUUUCACAUUCGACUAACAGUAUGACCGCCGCCCCACGGGAUAAGUUCAGCUACAAGGUCGAGCUGCAUAUUCACCUUGAUGGAGCCAUCCGAUCAGAGACGAUUUUAGAUAUUUCAAAAAAUAAAAACCGGCCGAUAAUAUCAAUUGAUGAGGAUGGAAAACAGACUGUGAUCACUGACCCGGAGACAUUGAACAAAGAAAUAGUCAUAAAAAAACCAUGUAGUCUAAGAGAAUUCCUUCAUACCUUCAAUGUGUUCAUGCCUAUCAUAGCUGGCGAUAAGGAUGCCGUGUCUAGAAUAGCGUAUGAGUUUUGUGAAGACUGCUCAAGGUCCGGUAUACGGUACGUAGAGGUCCGGUACAAUCCUCAUCUGUUGUCGAACACUUUGGACAAACCAGACUUUGCUCGGGAACGUGGGGACUUCUCUCCCAGGGACGUGGUAGCAACAGUUUGUGAUGCUCUGGAGAAAGGUGGUCGGGACUUCAACCUGACGGUCAACUCAAUAUUGUGUUGUAUGACACACAGGCCAGAGUGGUCUGCAGAGAUCGUAUCACUAUGUAGAGAGUUCCAGCACAGAGGCGUUGUGGCAAUAGACAGUGCCGGACAGGACUUCGAACCAGGCAAAGACCCACUGCUAUGUAGACACAAAAAGGCAUUCAAGGAAGCGUACGACCAUGGGAUCCAUAGGACUGUCCACGCCGGAGAAAACGGACCAUACGAAGGAGUCCAAGAGGCCCUAGACCAUAUGUACGCCGAAAGGAUCGGCCACGGAUAUCACGUGACAGAUAGCCCGGCACUGUACAGUCGAUGUAAGAAAGAAAGAGUCCAUUUUGAAAUAUGCCCUAUUUCAAGUAUAAUAACAGGCGCAUGCCCAGUGGACAUCAUGAAGCAUCCACUCAUCGGGUUUGCAAAUGAUGGAGUGAAUUUCUCUCUCAAUACUGACGACCCAAUAAUUCUAGACAAUGACCUUGCUGGCGAUUACGUACUAGCUGGUAAAAUGGGACUGAGCGACGAACAGAUAAUAAAAUCCAUAUUUAAUGCUGCAAGGGCUUCAUUUGCAACAGAGGAACAGAAGAAAAACCUUCUAGCAGAUUUAGCAGAAGUAUAUGGCGAUUACUAAAUUAUUUUAGCUAUCUAGUCUUAAGAAAACUAUGAUUUCAGGUUUUAAAACGCAUAAUCAGGCGCCUUUGUGACCAUAAUUAUAACUCAAAAUCGAUGAAAACUUGACAUAAUAUCAAAUAUUUAUACAUAUAUUUACAUGCCUUUGUAACACUAAUUCUAACUUGUUUAUCAAAUGUGAAAAUGAUAGGAUUGACUAUGGCUGACUAUGGUAGUGUUAUUGCUAAAUUUCAGAAAGAGAAUUGCAGUGAUUCAUGUUUUAAUACCACGAUCUUAGAAAUUGAAUAUUUUCGGUGUUUUAGGAACUUUUACCUCUUACUAUGUAAUCUAAUCAUAUAUCAAGUACAAAUAACUAUUUUUCUUUGCGAGAACUGUAAGAGAAAAUAAAAUAGUUAUAUUUUUAUAUAAAUGAAUUCCCUCGUUCAGAGGCUUAAAGUCAUAAGCUAUAAUUCGUCUAUAAUGGUAAGAACAGUAACUUAAAUGUCCUGAAUAUUAAGCGAAAUGUGAUGGAAUUACACAGCAUAAAACAUUGUUGUUUUUAAUGAAUAACAAUUAUUUUGUACAUAUAUUUGUCUAUUUCAAUGACAUUUAUUCUCGGCGUAUAUUCGAGCAUACAAUCCGUUUUGUACCCUAUAAUCCUUUCUCGUUUCUAGAUCUUUUUUGCUGCUUCAUAUUAAUAAUUUAAAUAUUUGCCAUUAUACUUUUUUUCAUUCCAAUUUGCAAGUGUUCGGGGCCCUUUGUUCUUCCCAGUUGCUCAGGUAACCGACCAUGCGUUCGAUGUCUAACGCUGGUACUAAAAUGUUUCCCGGUGACGAUUUUUAUACCAACAGUUUAUAUAAAUAGUUUUAUUAGUACAAUAAGCGAUGAAUUGACAGCGACCUCUUUCCACGAAACUUGGCGCAUGUUAAUAGUCUGAAUCGCAGUGACUGUUUACAAGGUGUUUUAUGUAAUAAAUGUGGUUACCAUUCAGCUGAUGCUAAAUCUCCCAUCACGGUCAUUCUACUUUCUGAACAUUACUUUCGAACACUGCCGAUGAGUGCCAAAUGCGUGACAUCGGGUAGGAAAUCACUCAUUUUCAUUAUAGACAAUUUCAUAUAAGAACUAUUUCUUGGGGAAGAACAAAGAAAGAAAUGGCUGGGUUAUUAGUUUGUUCGUAUCAGGAGAAUUUUCGUAUCGAACGGGUUCGUAAUAUACAUGUUUUACUGUAUAUACUAAUCGUGUUUUUCAUGAAUGCGAUAUCGAAUGGUUAUACCACCUUAAAUUUGGAGAAACUAUAUUUUUUCCCAAACCUGUAAUUCUAUAGGAGAAAACAUCUAUAUAGAAUCGAAGAAUAUCAAGAUUAUAUGUGACAUAAUUAGGCAUUAUUAUUCUUUAUACGUUUACGUGCAAUGCUUUUCUGCCAACAAAUGACAUAUAUACAGUAUUGACAUUUGUGAUCAAAUAACUAAGUGCUUUUAAACAAUUAAGUUUAAUUUGUCAUGAACAAAUUGUCUAUAUAUCCAUGCCUUAUAUCCUUUUUAUUUUGUUUUGUAUUCAUCUAUAAACCUGCUGAGUUACUUGUUGAGAUUGAUGGAUAUAUCAAUGAAAUACAAAGAAUAAUAAAGUGAUUUGCGUCUGAUUUGU